UCUGACGUAGGCUAGGCUGCGUCGGCUGCUGUCUGUUAUUCCCCGUCCCCAUUAUCUUCGUGAUGUUGUGUACAUUAUUUCCCACCAGAGAUUAAAAUAACUCGCAGUUAGAGAGUGCUCAAGGUUUUCAAAUCUCAGAUAAAUAGCUGGCACUGACCGUAAGGUGGGCUGGAACGCUUUGCAUCAAAGUUAUCAUGCCAAGGGCGAAGGAAUGAACUUGUUGCAGACAAGCUUGAGGUUAUGAUCUCUUGUAGUAGAGAGCCCUCGUUCAAAGAAGCUAACAAGUGUUCACCGUCAAUUUCAAACUAAGAAAAAGAAAAAUGUUAGUAAAGGACUUGAGCAUGUCACAAGUGGUGCGGUUGGCCUCUGAAUUGAAAGAGAAUGACGCAUGGAGAAGAGUUGCUGGGCAGUUUGACAUUAAUACUGGAAUGGAUCUAAAAGACAGGCCAACAGCCUACGAUUUUGUGACCAGUCUGAUCGAUAGGCAUAUCACAGUUGGACAUUUGCAAUAUGUCCUGGAUGUCCUGAAACUGGAAGAGGCUGCAAAAGUGCUCUGUAAACCAGAAAUGUUGCGGAUUGUGAGACAACCAUACUGUGAGGAAACUGAUGGAUGUUUCUGGGGCAAAAAUGGAGUUCUGCAAGUGAAAGCAGGAGAGAGACUACAUCUAAAAAUAGAAGCUGACGGAUGUCCAAAGCCAACAUUUCAAUGGUACUGUGAGAACAUACCUGUGUGUUCUGAACAAGAGUACAUUAUUCCUGCAUUCAGUGAAGAAGAAGGAGUGUAUUAUUGUACUGUCCACCAGCGGAUGGAUUAUGGUUGGACGAAUACAGUUACAUCCGAAGAUAUAACUGUAAAACUAAUUGAUGAAGGACAAGAAGUCCCUCAAAUUCUAUCCUUCGAUUGUUCUGCAGAUGAGUUAGAAUGUGGAGAAGAACUCAAACUAAGUGCCAAAGUAUCAGCUGGACCACAACCAACUUUCAGUUGGUGGCACAAUGCUAAGCCAUUAGAGGGAUUUAAGUCAAAUGUCUUAAGGAUUCCUCAUGUCGAUAAAGAUUGCAAGGGCACAUAUGAACUCAGAGUAAAAAAUAGAUUUGGAGAAAAUAGUCAGAAAUUUGACAUAAAAGUUAAAGCAAGAAGACCAAACCCAUCAGAGAAGAAAGCACUCCUUAUUAGUAUUGAAGAUUAUAAAGACAAUAGACUUCAUACUCCUCACAAUGAUGCCAAGGCACUGAAAGAAUGUCUUGAAAAGUAUGAUUUUCAUUGUACUCUUGAGCAGGACCUUCCAGCAAACCAAAUUGAAAAAGUGGUUGAAAAGUUUUUUGCCACUCUACAAAAGGAUGCCUUUGUUUUGUUCUACUUUGGUGGGCAUGGCAUGAUGGAAAACCGUGUGUUGUAUAUGAUUGGCUCUGAUGCAGAUUUUUCUCCUCAAAACUUCAUUAAAUAUGUUGUUUCAGAAGAUUCUGUAAUAGAUGCUGUACAGAAAUAUCAACCUUUAAUGUUUGCUUCUAUUUUAGAUAUGUGUCAAAAUUCUGCAAAUUGCGAUAACUUUCCCAAAAUUGAAAGUAAACAAACGUGGGACUGUACAUUGUUUAGAUGCUACUCAACUUCACAGAAUAGAAAAGCUCUUGAGAAAAAGGGAUCUGAAAAUUCUGUCUAUGUAAAGCAUCUUAGAGAAGCUCUGCUGAGAGACAAGGAUUCAACCUUUUACGAUCUGAUAAACAAAGUCAACCGAAGUGUUAUAAAUGAGGAAGAAGACACAGGUCAGAUGCCAGAGGUCAGGGCUAUUCGGAUACAUGACUUCAAACUGUCAGAUGCUGUACGAUCUUCAGAAUGAGACUUAAGUGUUUUAAAGUGAUAUUCAAAACAUUUUGUAAGACUUUCAUUCCAAAACGAUGGUGUAGUGAAAUAAUGUAUGAUGAUGAAGUGAAUUGUUUCAUUAAAUAAAAGAGCCUUUGAGUAGAAA